GUGGAAUUCUGGCUGAGGACGUGGGCAGACCUGUCUACAUAUGAGAUGGUUUUCCGGCGUACCCCUUUGCUCCUUCCCUUGAUCAUGGACGCGGUCUACGUUUCUGCUACUUCCCAUCAUGGUCCUGUCCCAUACUGCCUACCCCUCUGCUCUUUCUCGUCAUUAGCGUGGUGUACUUCUCUGCCCCUUCCCAUCAUGGACAUGUUUUCAGCUGGUCUACCCUUUCCCUCCUUCUCGUCAUGGACAUUUCUCCAGCAGAUCUACCCCUCCCCCCUUUCCAGCAUGGACGUUGCUGCAGGCGGCUCCAUUACUCCCUUCACACUUCCCACCAUGUAUUGGCGCUGGCGCUGCACGCAACCGACACCAAGGUUGAACGGAUCGACUACCAAGAAUGAUACUUUGGCUGCAGCCAUUGAAUUGAGAUAGCCAGUUCGCCCUGCGCCUGAGAAAUAUCUUACUUUGCUUGGGUGUAUGUAUGUACAUGCACUUACCCAUUGUGCCCAGGUGCAAGAUGAUACCUAGGGACAUCCAGGGAAGCUACGACACCGCAAUGUUGUUACGUGAUGGUUGCCUAAGGUCCAGGCAAUGGUAGCUGCCCACUGGCCCUGGAUGGCCUGCCCGCACCUUCCCGACACCUAGAUCUCGAAAGCAAAGACCGAACUGAAACGCCCUCA